CGCCACUGAAAAGGGGAAAGAGAGAGAGGAGAUUUGGUAGAGGGAGAGGCUGUGUUGUUUGCUUCCUUCAGGUGUCGUCUCCUUCUCAUUCCUUCAAAACCCUAGUUUUCUCUCUCUGCAAGUCCAGAUCCCGGCCAUUGCAGCUGCAUAAAAAUACCAUCUGAGCCCAUUCUUUCCGCGGCUAGCUUCGAUGAGAGAUGAGCAGUUCAUUCUCUUCUUCUGGGGGUAGUGGUUUUAGCUUUCUAGGUUGAAAUGCUCCGCAUCUGCAGAUACUUUGGCUCAUCAGAAAAUGUCGGCUUCUCUGGCGCCGUUCGAGCGUCCCAGAACCGCUGUUACAAAUACGGUUUUCAAGAGUGGCCCACUUUUCAUAUCGUCAAAAGGAAUAGGUUGGAAGUCUUGGAAAAAGCGUUGGUUCAUCCUGACACGCACAUCUUUGGUUUUCUUCAAAAAUGACCCUAGUGCUCUUCCCCAGAGAGGCGGAGAAGUGAAUUUAACUUUGGGGGGUAUUGACCUGAACAAUUCAGGGAGUGUGGUGGUUAGGGAAGAUAAGAAGCUGUUGACUGUAUUGUUUCCUGAUGGACGUGAUGGACGGGCGUUUACCCUGAAGGCUGAGUCGUCUGAAGAUUUAUUCGAAUGGAAGACAGCCCUAGAACAUGCUUUGGCGCAAGCACCAAGUGCUGCCCUUGUGAUGGGACACAAUGGGAUUUUUCGGAAUGACACUGCUGACACAAUGGAUGGAUCUUUCCAACAAUGGAGAGAUAAACGCCCUGUCAAGUCAAUGGUUGUUGGCAGACCCAUUUUGCUUGCUCUAGAAGAUAUUGAUGGAGGUCCAUCAUUUCUAGAGAAAGCUCUUCGCUUUCUUGAGAACUUUGGAACAAAAGUAGAAGGAAUCCUGCGACAAUCUGCUGAUGUUGAGGAGGUUGAUCGCAGAGUUCAAGAAUAUGAACAAGGGAAGACUGAAUUUGGUGAGGAUGAGGAUGCCCAUGUUGUUGGGGAUUGUGUCAAGCACGUCCUUCGGGAGCUUCCGUCGUCUCCUGUCCCCGCAACAUGCUGCACUGCAUUACUAGAAGCAUAUAGAAUUGAAAGAAAGGAAGCCCGAGUUAAUGCGAUGCGUUCUGCAAUAUCUGAGACUUUUCCUGAGCCAAAUCGGCGUUUAUUACAGAGGAUUUUAAAAAUGAUGCAUACUAUUGCUUCACAUACUUCUGAGAACCGAAUGACUGCAUCUGCUGUUGCUGCCUGCAUGGCCCCCUUGUUAUUACGCCCACUUUUGGCUGGUGAAUGUGAACUAGAGGAUGACUUUGAUAUGAAUGGUGAUAAUUCUGCUCAGCUUCUGGCUGCAGCGAAUGCCGCUAAUAAUGCACAAGCUAUCAUAACAACUCUCGUGGAGGAGUAUGAGAAUAUAUUUGAUGAUGAGAAUCUGCACAAAUGCUCUCUUUCACCUGAUUCUCAGAUGGAAAACAGUGGGAGUGAGGAAUCAUCUGAUGAUGAAAAUUUGGAUAUGAAAGACAAUGGAUACCAUGAUGCUGAAAAUGAUGUAGAUCCGGAGUUGGACGAUGACCCUGAACGUGUACUCAGUGGGAAAUUGAGUGAAAGCAGUGGCUCUGCUGGCAGUGAUCUUUAUGACUAUAAGGUCUUUGGAGGUGUUGAUUCGGAUGUUGAUUCCCCUAGGGACACUCAGACUUCAGCAACAAAUCUGAAGUCAAUAAGAGAUACCCAUGCUCAUUUAAAUGAGCAGUCACUAUUGAAGAAAAGUAGCGAGAACUUGUUGCCAGAAAAUGAUGCUCCUAGUGUUUUACCUGCUAGUGAGUCUCACCGGUCAAUGGGGGACAUUCUGUCUACAAUGGAUACAGGACUCUCUCUACCUGUGCAUGGACCUGAAUUAUGCUUGGAGAAGCCCACAAAUAAACUAAAUGGAUCCAAUCCCAGUGUCAAGCGCACAACAUUUUGGGGACGUAAUAGCGCUAGAAAGAAUCUGUCAAUGGAAUCAAUUGAUUCUUCGGGUGAAGAGGAGCUUGCCAUUCAGAGACUUGAGAUUACAAAAAAUGACUUGCGCAAUCGGAUUGCAAAAGAGGCAAAGGGGAAUGCCAUUUUACAAGCAAGUUUGGAGAGAAGAAAGCAAGCUUUACAUGAGCGCCGCUUGGCACUUGAGCAAGAUGUUUCGAGACUGCAAGAACAGUUGCAAGCCGAGAGGGAUCUUAGAGCUGCAUUGGAGGUCGGUCUGAGCAUGUCUUCAGGACAUUUUUCUAGCUCACGUAGUAUGGAUUCCAAGACAAGGGCGGAGCUUGAGGAGAUUGCUCUAGCUGAAGCAGAUGUCGCAAGGCUGAAACAGAAGGUUGCGGAACUCCACCUUCAACUGAACCAACAACGCCAACAUCACUAUGGGUCACUCUCUGAUGCAUGUGAUCGAUAUCAACAUGUCCAAAAUCUUCAGUCUCAACAGAAGAUUCUUCAACAAGAUUUUGACAUGACCCUUGCCUUUUGUAAUCAUGAAAGGAAACAAAGAAGUGAGGAGAGCUCGUUGGGCACAGAUUGGAGAAACAAUAAAGCACAGGCAUUAAUGUCAGUCAAUAGCAAGCAGCAGCUUCCACGGAAGCCAUGCACAGAUUCACCAAAUCAGAGUGAUUCCAAGAGCAUAGAGGCGUCGACAAGCAUUUCCAUGGAUGAGCUUUCUGCUGUCAAUUCUGCCAUGAUGCCUGCCAAUACAUCUAGUAGGGGCAUUGCAUCUGAGCAGCAGAGGCAGGCACCUACAGCGUCUUCUACUCUGGUGGAAUUAACAACACGUCUUGACUUCUUCAAGGAACGACGCUCACAACUCAUGGAGCAACUCCACAAUCUGGAUUCAAGUUACGGAGGAGCGUCUUCACAAGGCUUGCUGUUUAAAGCAUCACCUCCAUGGGCCACAAGCCCAAGAUGAAAGGUGGAUUUGUUAAUACACCCCUCUGCUGUUUGUACAUCCACGAUAAAAUUGCUGCAUGUCUUUUCUCUCUGUUGCCUUGUUUGUUUUGACAUUUCUUUUAUUUUUCUCAAGAAUGUGUGAUUGGAGAACUUUAGGAAAGCUGUUUCUGCUGUUUCUGCUACGAUUGGUUAUAAGCUUUGCAUUUCUUAUUUUUAUUUCCCCCCCCCCCCCCCCCCCCCAAUCAUCUCUCAUGUAACUAAAGCAGAGCUCUUGUAGAUUAUAUCUGUAAACUUAUGGAGAGACGCAUUGCAAUUCAGUCAGCACUGUUAGUGUAAAAGCAUUGUUCGCUGCUUUUAUGUUGGUUUACACAGGAUAAUUUUUCUGGUCUAUGUUGAGAAAAUUGUGGAAUUAACCAUUAUCAAAGAGCAGCAUAGUAUUGAAAUUAGGUCGUCUUUGUA